AUGUCUCAACAAGCAACAUCGCAAACAACAGCUUGGGCACCACCUCCAGGUCAUCUGGGAAACCUUACACCUGAGCAGCAACAAACUCUCGAGCAGUUCCGAAAGGCUCUAUCUUCCGAUCCGAACUUUCCCUGGAACGCCCAACGACACACCGACGCGUAUUUGUUGAGGUUCUUGCGUGCGAGGAAGUUUAAUCUCGACUUGGCGAAGCAGAUGAUCUAUGCUGCUGAGCAAUGGAGGAAGGAUUUCGGUGUGGAUGAAAUUGUCAAUCAUCCCGAAUCUCUGGACGAAGAAAAGAAGGAGGUGAACAAGCUCUAUCCUCAAUACUAUCACAAGAUAGACAAGGACGGACGACCUGUCUACGUCGAAUCGCUCAGCCAAUUGUCUGCAAAUAUUAACACCAUUUUCCAAAAGCACGAGCAAGAAAGAGUGUUAAAGAUGCUGGUGCUGGAGUAUGAGCGUUUCCUUUCCGAACGAUUACCAGCUGCCAGUGAGGAAGUUGGUCACCCUGUAGAAACGAGCUGCACGAUUCUUGAUCUCAAGGGUGUUGGAGUUGGGGGUUUCUACAAAGUUCAGGGCUACGUCGCUCAAGCAAGUAAAAUCGGCCAAGACUAUUACCCAGAGACCAUGGGCAAGUUCUACAUCAUCAAUGCACCCUGGCUAUUUGGAACUAUCUGGGGUAUAGUUUCCAAAUUCCUCGAUCCCGUUACUGUCGCAAAGAUCAAGAUCUUUAGUGGACAGUCGGAAUGGGCACCUGCGCUCAAGCAGCAAAUUCCUGUAGAGAAUUUACCUGCCGAGUAUUUGGGCGUUUGUAUGUGUGACGGGGAGGGUCAAGAACGAAGACUAUUUAAUGAUGGAUUACGAGGCUUAACCACGGAGUUUUACCUCAACAAAGAUUAUCAUGAGCUCGUCAGUUCUUUAGGGAGAUACAGUGGCUCAAACAAGUGUUCCAAUGUUUGUCCACAAACAAAGGACACGACUGUAGCUAGUUAUAGGUGUUUAGAGGAGAUAAUGGCUAGUCGAAGGGGUGAGGCCAUUGCGCCACUUUUGUUGCGCAGCCGUGACUUGGCCUCUUAUACCCCCUACUACCCCAUAUCAU